GAGGCGAGAGAGUUUACCUGGCUGGUGUCUUCUUGUCCUGGGCUCAUCUUCUGCCAGGGCAGGAGCUAUGUCAUGGAUCAAGGAAGGAGAGCUGUCACUUUGGGAAUGGUUCUGUGCCAACAUCAUAAAAGCGGGCCCAAUGCCCAAACACAUUGCCUUUAUAAUGGAUGGAAACCGUCGCUAUGCCAGGAAGUGCCAAGUGGAGCGGCAGGAAGGCCACUCACAGGGCUUCAACAAGCUGGCUGAGACCCUGCGCUGGUGUUUGAACCUGGGCAUCCUAGAGGUGACGGUCUACGCGUUCAGCAUUGAGAACUUCAAACGCUCCAAGAGUGAGGUAGACGGGCUAAUGGAUCUGGCCCGGCAGAAGUUCAGCCGCUUGAUGGAAGAACAGGAGAAACUGCAGAAGCAUGGGGUAUGUAUCCGGGUCCUGGGCGAUCUGCAUUUGUUGCCCCUGGAUCUCCAGGAGCUGAUUGCGCAGGCGGUACAGGCCACCAGGAACUAUAACAAGUGUUUCCUAAAUGUCUGCUUUGCUUACACAUCCCGUCACGAGAUCAGUAAUGCUGUGAGAGAGAUGGCCUGGGGAGUGGAGCAAGGCCUGCUGGAUCCCAGUGAUGUCUCUGAGUCUCUGCUCGAUAAGUGCCUCUAUACCAACCACUCUCCGCAUCCUGACAUCUUGAUACGGACUUCCGGGGAAGUGAGGCUCAGCGACUUCUUGCUCUGGCAGACUUCCCACUCCUGCUUGGUGUUCCAACCCGUUCUGUGGCCAGAAUACACAUUUUGGAACCUCUGUGAGGCCAUCCUGCAGUACCAGAUGAACCAUAGCAUGCUCCAGCAGAAGGCCCGAGACUUGUAUGCAGAGGAGCGGAAGAGGCAGCAGCUGGAGAGGGACCAGGCUGCAGUGACAGAGCAGCUGCUGCAAGAGGGGCUCCAGGCCAGUGGGGACGCCCAGCUCCGACGGACGCGCUUGCACAAACUCUCAGCCAGACGGGAAGAGCGGGUCCAAGGCUUCCUGCAGGCCUUGGAACUCAAGCGGGCUGACUGGCUGGCACGUCUGGGCACUGCAUCAGCCUGAAUGAGGCUGGCCUCCUGCCACUUUGCCCUGCCCUCUGCCUCCAGGGCCCCACUCCCCUCUCUUUUCUUGGUGAAAGGCGCCUCCCUCCUAAUGAUGAAUUGUGUUUCCUUUGCUUGGCAGGGGAGCCCCAGAGGCCAGGUCUGCUGGCCAUAGAUAGACCUUUUGGACUGCCUGGGACAGUGGCCCCUGGGGAGGGUUGAGGUGAGAGUCUCCCACAAGUACACUAAAGCCAGCUCUGGUCACCCAUAGGUUGGAGAGCAGGGAGCCCCAGGUCUUUGCUGCCUGUUCCUUCUGCCUCUGCCACAUCGACGUGUGCUCCUAGAUGCACUUUAUUUUUUUUACCAGCACAUCCUUCAACACACUGAAUUUCAGGGCAGAGGUCUCCCCAAAACCCUAGCCCUUUACCCUUCCAUCUUAACCUUCUACCCGACUUUCACAAAAGAUUUGGCUCCACCUUCGAUCUGCUGGUAAAUAGCUAAUAGGCAGCCAGCGUUAUUUGGGCAAGGAAGAGGAGGGAGAGACAGAAAAUUUGCCCAUCUGCUGCUCCUCCCCCUGGGCUCUCCACCUGGGAUUUGCUAUUGAAUCUCUACCCCCUCCCACCACACAGUACUGAUUGCUCACUGAAAGGCUCAGCGCCCCCAAUGGCGCGCGGAAGCCAGGCGGGUGAUUACAAUCCAAUUACCUAUUGUCGACUCAGCCCACACAAGCUUUUCUCCUCCUCUUGCAGGGCAUGGGGCCAGGCUCCACGCCCCUGUGAGACCAGCCCCCUCCAUGACUACAGGGUAACAGAAGGGCCUGUAGGCCCUGGUGAAUCUAAUCCACCACAGGCCUCCUUCCCUGGAACAUGUCACAGGACCCAGAGCACAGAAACAAGCUCUUCUCCCAACUGACUGACUGCUGUCCUCACCAUCUCAGACUCUGCUUCCUACCGCCUCAGUCUUUGAGGCUUCUCUGUUCUUGACCUGGCCCCCUAAGUAGC